GGACUUCUUAUCGUUGAGAAAAGAGUGUUUUCUAAGUCAUUUUCCAUGCGUUCUGGGCUCGGCUGAGCUUAAGAUAGAGUUCUAUAUAUAAGAGUGGUAUUUGAAGUAUUGUCAAACGUUUACUCAUUUCUGUGGAGAAAAAAGUUUUCGAAAAUGCAGAGGCUAAAGAUGAUCCUGUUUUUCGUGGUUGCCUUGUUUCCAGCGGCCAUCUUUUGCAAAGGGCUUCAAGGAUAUUUUGGAUUUCCAAACCAAAUAGAGGCAAACAAUGACAAAGAGGUGCUCAGCAGCUGCAAGUAUGCGAAGAUCACAAAGAUCGGUUGCUAUAGUGACCAUAUGGACACGCCCCGUCCUCUGCCCGAGCUGGUGUUGAGUAACAGGGAUCCAAGUAGCGGUGUCUUUGAUGGCCAUAUCUUUGACUGGGAAAAGCCGGUUCAGUCCAUGCAAGACCUUGCUUGUAGAUGCGCCAGGAAAGUCCUUCAGAAAAACUACACUCACUUCUCGUUGCAGUUCUUUGGCGAGUGCUGGAGUGGGAAAAAUUCAGCGUCUACAUACUCGAAUGACGGUCCGUCCAAAAGCUGCCUUGGGAAGGAGUAUAAGGAUUGCGAUGGCAGAUCAGACACACCGUGUACCGGAGUAAACUUCAGUAACUACGUGUACAAGGCUGAGUCUAUUCGCCCGACGGUUCCCCCUACCGAAGAUAGUAACUGUGUUGACCAGUACUCAAUCUGUAAGCAUUAUGCCAGUAUUAAUCUAUGUAACAACAAAUUUCCUCUCGUCUUGAAAUACUGUCGAAGAUCAUGUAACCUUUGCUAAAGGUGAUCAUCAACCUGCUCAGCUUCUUGUAGAGUUUCGCAAAGAAAAAAGAAUCAAGUUCAAGAACUAGAAUGGAUAGGACAUUCUCGUGCCAUUCAACAAGAGAAAAAUAAAUCUAAACUUCUUGUUUAUUCUGUCGAUAGUAUUAAUGUAAUGUUACUUAGGUAUUGAAUGAAUAAAUUUGCGAAAUGGAUAA